GUACAUUUUUGGGUUUUGGCUUGAUUGUAUUGUUAUUUUUUUUUCUUGGUGGUUGUGUGGGAUUUCUGGUUUGGAAUGCAGAUGGUCCCAGACGCGCCACAACCAACCAUCCUUCUAAAGGACUAGCGGACAAUCCUGAUCGAGACGUAUCGGUGGAACGAACUGGAUGUAGAAGCGCCUUGGAUUCUCGGCCAUGAUGAUGAAUGAAUUCGUACUGUUCGGACUGAUACCGGGCUUCGUGCUCCGCUUAGGCUUGAUAUGCUACUCCGUCUAUCACGAUAAUCGUUCGGCAUUGAAAUACACGGACAUCGAUUACCAGGUCUUCUCGGAUGCCGCCCGGGCGCUUCUUUCUGGCCCGAACGGCUCGGCCUGGUUUUUCGGAUCGCCGUACGAUCGGGCAACCUACCGUUACACACCUCUGCUCGCCUUGAUCCUCACUCCCAACGAAUUCAUCCAUCCAUGCUGGGGGAAAGCCCUGUUCGGGAGCGCCGACCUGGUGAUCGGAAUCUUGCUCUACCGACUCUGUCCCCGUGGACAUAGCGCGGCGUCUCAUGGAAGACUGGUCAGUCUCAUCUGGCUCCUCAACCCGUUCGUCAUCAACAUCUCGACCCGAGGGUCCAGCGAAUCCUUGCUGGGCGUCGUCAUCAUCGGCUUCCUGUAUUUGGCCGAACACAACAAAUGGGACGCAGCCGCCGUCCUGCUCGGAGUGGCUGUCCAUCUCAAACUCUAUCCGUUCAUCUAUGCCACCGCCGUCUGGGCUCGACUCGCCCAACAUCCGCAUUCCAGAUUCGGCUGGCUUUCGAUCAGCCGCUCACAAGUCCGCUUCGGAGUGAUCAGCUUGGCUGCCUUUUCGGUCUUGAACUUGCUCAUGUACAUCAUCUGGGGACAGGAGUUCAUCGAGUCGAGCUACCUCUACCAUCUGCGUCGAUUGGACCAUCGCCACAACUUCUCGCCCUACUUCUACCCGAUCUACCUACGCUUUACUUCAGUCCUCGCCGAACAAUCGCCUAUGAUCUCGAUUCUCCACCAUCCGCUUGUCAGCUUCAUCCCCCAAAUGAGUCUCACUCUGGCCCUCGGCUUCCACUAUGGCGCCCAAGAUCUGCCGUUUGCUUGCUUCAUACAGACUUACGUCUUUGUGCUUUUCAACAAAGUCGUCACUUCCCAGUAUUUCAUGUGGUACCUAUGGUUCAUCCCGCUCAUCGUCAGACACAUCAAGCUAUCAAAGCCCCAAUCGAUUGGCGUGGCCGUGAUCUGGGUUUCCACUCAAGUGCUCUGGUUAUCACAAGCCUAUCGAUUGGAGUUCUUGGGCGAGCCUCAAUUCCGGGCUGUCUGGCUAAGCAGUAUUGGCUUCUUGAUCGGACAUAGUUGGAUCAUCGGUAUCUUGAUCCUUGGCUUUUCUCCAGCGUCUUCUUCCAUCAUCUCAAGUAGCGACAACGGCUUGAAGCUGAAGAAAACCUGAGAGAGAUCCCAUCCUUAAAAACCCAUCAAUUCCCAUUUUUUUCCCCCUAUCUUUCCGACAAAGAAGUACUCCAAACAAUCCCGUUUUGUCUGGGGAAGCAACUAUCUACGGCCUUGAUUGGCAGUCCAAGAUUGGAAUACACAGCUGCCAUCUCAAAUCAUCAAACCUGAACCAAGGCUUGACUCUUCCAGGAUGUGCAAAUGCCGCAGCCUGAAACUCCUCACCAAGAUCAAUGCGGCUGUUUUUGGGGGCAUACAAUCAGGAUUCAGGAGUGGAUGGUUAGAAUGCGAUGGGCGAAUCUGUCCGGAAACAAUCAGUAGAAGCCAAGUGUAUAAUUCUAAGGUGGAUCCCCAUUGCCCCAUUG